AAAAAGUAGCGGGGGCCGGGACGAGGCCCCGAGGGGUGCGGGAGUGACCUGGGGCCUGACCCCUGGCCUCAGGCACGCCCCAUGCCAGCCUCCCAGCCCGACAGGCAGCCUGGCCCCUGCCCGCCGGCCCUCGGCGCGGGCCCUGCAGCCGAGGCGGAGCGCAGCGAGACCCCGACCUGAGCCGGGCUCGGCGCUGCCCCAGCGCGGGUGACAGCUCUCCGAGCAGGAUCCCCGGAGGAUGGACGAGAAAAGCAUGCUGUGUGACUUCUUUGAAGAGGAGAACCUUAACAGUUCCAGGGAGGAGAGCACUGAAGGUGAUGUGAAGACAUUUUGGACACAACUGGGAGGAAGAAGAGUGGAUGUCAUAUUUGAGCAGCUGCAAAAUGUGCUGUCAUUGCUGAAGGAAAAGAUCAAGAAUGGAACUGCAACAAACCAAGAAUGCUGGCAGGCUUGGGCACUGGUGAAUGAAGCUAAUCUAGGUGAUCUCUUAACCUUGGCAAAUGUUAGCGAUGAGUUGAAUGGAGAUGGUGCACAGGAAACCAAACCGAAACCGCAGCCUCUUCUUCCAGAUGACAAUACUGCAGACACUGUAGAAGCUUCUGACGGCGAAAAAGAGGAUAUGGAAAGAACCUGCUCAGGGAGUAAAGAAGCACCUAGCAAAAUUGAAGGUUUACCUUUAAAUGUGCAGUAUCAGGACCACAAGUGCUCUAGUGCAUGUCUUGCCAAGAGGGCAGUGGAUUCCUACAAGGGUGAAAAUCCUCUGAAAAUCCCAAUCCUGUUUGACUUUCAAAGACGCCAUGCAAAAGCAGACUGCCUUUCGAAGCCGCUGGAUGUGAAUUACAAAGCUCCUUGUGGUCGGAGUCUGAGAAGCUUUCGAGAUGUGCGAAAUUACUUGUUUGAAACAGAGUGCAAUUUCUUAUUUGUUGAUCACUUCUCCUUCAACACGUAUGUGCUGUUGGGCAGGAACACCAUGCAUCCCGAGCCCCUCGUGUUUGAGUUCGAUAUUAGCAACGGAGCCGAGUCUGUGCCCAUCUCCUUCUGUAACAAUCUCGACCAUGCAAGAUUGCCUUACUUCAAAUAUCGGAAGUCGUCAUGGCCACGUGGAUAUUAUCUCAACAAUCUCUCCAGCCUGUUUGUUGAUUCCUGUGACUGCACAGAUGGCUGCAUCGAUAGGUCAAAAUGUGCAUGCCUACAGCUGACAGCAAGAGGCUGUAGUAAAAUUUCUCUGUCUCCAAGUAGUAAAAGAUCUUGUGGAUACCAUUACAAAAGACUGGAGGGACCUGUUCCUAGUGGGAUUUAUGAGUGUAGUGUGUUGUGCAGGUGUGACAAGCUGAUGUGUCAGAACAGAGUUGUACAGCAUGGCAUUCAAGUCAGGCUGCAAGUGUUCAACACGGAGAAGAAGGGCUGGGGUGUCCGCUGCCUGGAUGACAUUGACAAGGGGACAUUUAUUUGUACUUACUCAGGCAGAUUAAUGAGCAGAGCUGAAGUAUUGGGAGAUGCUGAACAAAAGCUGAAGGAGAAAAGUGCAAUGAAUGAUAGAGGCCAUGACUUUUCUUCCAAAAAAAGAAAACUUGACCUUGAUCGUUCAGACUCAGUGAUUGAACUAGUGCAGACUGACAAAAAUUACAUUCUUGAGAAUCAGGAAUCUUUGUCUCAGACUGUGGAUAAUGAAAAUAAAUCAACCCUGGUUCAUCUAAAGAACUCAAGUAAUGCAACUAUGAGAAGGCCUGGAACCAAAACACUUGUUUUUCGCAAGCUAAAAAUGGUGCACAGUGCCAGCUCAGAUGAAGAUAAUAGUUCUCAGAUUCAUCAGUCAAGCAAAACAAAACUCACCAGUGGAACAAAGAAAGGAAAAGAAAAAUCCACCCAGCAGCAGAAGGAAGAACAUCCGAUGGAAAUUGGACAGACUGACUCUGCUGGUGUAGAGAGUGCAGGAUGCAGAAGAAAGAGUCUGUUACUGCAGGGUGUUGAUUGUGUCAAGUCCAGUGUGCUGGAUGACACAUGUGUUGUGAGGCCAUCCAGCAAUGCACCCCUAAAAGCUGACUGCAAAAAAAAUAGCAGGCAGCCAAAACAAGAUGCACUUUGUGAGGAGUCUGAUGGUGAUGGGAUGCUUCCCAAGAAUGCUAAUGAAGAAAAUAUUUACAUACUGGAUGCCACAAAAGAAGGAAAUGUGGGUCGUUUUCUAAAUCACAGCUGCUGCCCAAAUCUCUUUGCACAAAGUGUGUUUGUAGAAACUCACAACAGAAGUUUUCCAUGGGUGGCAUUCUUCACAAACAGUCAGCAAGUCCCAGGCUGCAAUUACGUGCUGUAUGGAAAGUCCUCAUUGUUGGUUGUCAGUCAGCUGCCUAGUAAUUCACUGGAUGUCCCCUAUACCAUAUCCAGUGAGAAACAUCAGAGAAUUACUACCUUCUUCACAAUAUUCAUAUUUUAUUAUAUUUUCCAUCAGUUGUCCCUCAGCAUCAUAGUCUCAGCUGAACCUGAGUGUGCCCAGGUGGCCAAGAAGGCCAAUGGCAUCCUGGCCUGUGUGAGAAACGAAGCCCACUCCUCCAUAUGUGAGCGCGGGGCUAGGGGGGAUGCAGGAUAUCGCCUUUCCCAUGGUGAAAGCCCUCGGGAAAUGGCUGCUCGCCGGCGGCCCGCGGCACUGCCUGGCACGGGUCUGGAACCCGGCCAUCGGAUCCGUGACCCCGGCCCGCCCGGGGUGGUCCGGCCACGCCUCCCUGACCACGUGACGGGCGCCUCAGGGGCGCGCCUUCCCGCCAGCCACGCCAGGGCCGCGGCCAAUCAGCGCCGCGCGGUGUGCGGGGCGGAGCAACGGCCGGCGCCACCGCGCAUGCUCCGUGCCCCGGCCGGGCGCGCUCACUUCCGCGCGGGAGAGUUGAGGGCGGGGGAGGGGGCGGCGGGAGUGACGGCUCGCGCGGGCCGCGCUGUGCCGCGAGCGGGCGGUAAGUGCCACCGCGGGCACGCGGGGCGGGGGGAGCGCGGAGCCUCCUCAGCGCCGGCCCCGCACCCCCGCUCCCCCCGCAGUGCCAGUGAGUGGAGCCGGCCGGGGCUCGGGCUGAGCGGAGGGGGCGGGGGGGCCGUGAGGCGGCACCGCGGGCCCGAGGGUAUUAGGAAGAAGUUAUUUGCUCGUGAGAGUGGCGAGGCACCGGCACGAGCUCCCCAGAAAAGCUGUGGGUAUCUGGUCUCUGGCGGUGUUCAGGGCCGGGUUGGAUGGGGCUCUGAGCAGCCCAGUCUAGCGAAAGGUGCCCUGCCCACGGCGGGGGCUUGGAACGAGAUGCUGUCAAGUGAGUCGCUGUUGUGUAAAAAGAAAGAAGCGAAACCAGCAGCCCUCCUUCUAGGAAAUGGCGCAGGUUCAGGAGGAGCAGCCAGUUUUCCUGCUCUAGGUGCUUUCUGGAUAAUGGCGAAGAUGGUGAGAACAACAUGUGCAUUUUGUUCAGAAGGGGAGGCUGGCUCUGUGAUGUAUAUCGCCGCAGAGAGAAAUAUUGCAGCUCAUCAGGAUUGUCUGUUAUUUUCCUCAGGAUUUGUGGAAUCUGAAGAUCAUAACCCAGAAAAUCUGGAAAUAAGGUUUGAUGUGUCAUCAGUGUUAAAGGAGCUCAAGAGAGGAAAGCGGCUGGUGUGCAGCUUCUGCCGCAAGAAGGGGGCCACGGUGGGCUGCGAGGAGCGCGCAUGCCGCAGGAGCUACCACUUCUUCUGCGCGCUCUGCGACGAUGCAGCCGUGGAGACCGACGAGGUCAAGGGCGUCUACAGAGUGUUCUGCCCAAAACAUGAUCCAGGGAAUAGGACCAAUCACUACGAUGCAGCUAAUAAGAAAAGAAGACGUACAUUGACAUCUCCCACCAUCACAGAAGAAAUGAGUACAGAAGAGACAGCAGAAGAAAACCAUUUACGAAUACUAAAAAGAAAAAACAACAGGCAUAAAGUUCGAAUAGACUUUGUUAGGAAGUGCAAACAAGCUGGGCUUCUGGAUGACAUAUUUGAAGAAAUGCUGGACACACUUCACCUGGCUCAGGAAAAACUGAUGGACGACAACACUUCAGAAACAGAGUAUGAAGAGACAGUGAUGGCACUGUUUGACUGUGGACUUUUUGAAAAUAUACUGACAAAUAUUUAUUCAGUAACAGAAGAAAAAAUCCAGAAACUUUUGGAAAACAGAAAAAGACUGGAUCACAAGAUUGAGCUACUGCAGGACUUAAGAGAAGUCAUCAUUCCUACUCCAGAGAACACGGCCAAUACAUCCAGUACAGUGUCUGAAUAACACCUCUCUGUGAUGGUGCAAUUGUUAGGAUUUUCUAAUGAUAAAGACCAUAGAGCAGUCUGGUCAGUGCCCAAUUCCCUAGCCCCAAGAUGAGGGCUGAAUAGGUGCAAGAAUGUGGUGUUGCACUCUUUUUUAUACCUCACUUUUGCAAUAAUUUAAAGUCCUUCAAGUUUUCAAAUUUUCAUCUUCAAAUUUUUGCCUGGUUCCACUAUAAAUUUCCAUUUAUAUUGCACAAUGGAAUAUAAAUCAGUGUUAUAAACCAAAUUUAGCUUUUGUGAAAACCCAAGAGAACCCUCCAGGGAAGAGUUUUUUUUUUCAAAGCCAAGGGCAUGUUCAGCUGCCACAGAACACUUGCUGAAGUCACUUAAAACUAUGGGAGCCCUCUCCUGGCUGGGCAGUAGCUGCCUCGCUUGUCUGUGUCCAGACGGUGAUGUUUGAAGGAUCAUAGUGCUGCUUUGGCUUUCCCCAAAAAGAUAAAUGAGCAGAACUUGCACUCAAAGAAGCCUUUGGGAUUAUAAACAGGAGUUUAAUUUAAAAAGCCAAAUUAUUCUUCUUUAUUGACUGGUCAAGGUGUACUGCUUUCUGCUGUAAGGGCAGUGGUGAAGCAGUGUUUGCAGGCAGACCAGAAAGGGUUGGGCAGUAUAUUCAGAAUAGAUACAAUGUCAAAUGGGGCAGAACGGUGAUGGGAUCUUCCUUUGUCCAUUAAGAAAGGGUUCAACUUUCAUGUGUUUUGUCUUUAAAAUAUUGUUUGAAUACAGAAAAGCAUUGUUUAGCCACAAUAGGCUAAGUUAAUAAAAUAAAACAUUUUUUAAAGGA